UGGCACGGGGGGCGGGCCUGGGCUCCCGUUUAAUCCCCGCUCCGUCGGGAUUAGGGCCGGAGGAGGCUCGGUAAUCUGCCGGCGGCUCGGCGCACACCCGGCGCCGUUGGCUGGGCUGGCAGCGAGGCGGCACUGAGGGGACGGGCAGGCCCUGCAGCUCCCACCCGGAGCCGGACCCCGCGUCUCGCCCAGCCUCGAGGAGCCCCGCGGACACAUCCCUGCCACCCGCCAUGGAGGCCCCGGAGCUGCCUGUGCAGGCAGAGAUGGUGGAGCUGGUGCCCAACGGGAAGCACGCGGCCGUGCUCAGCACCACCGCCCUCCCCUCGCUGGCGGGUGACAGGUUUGAUGAGAACCAGCGCAGCGCGGAGAUGGAGGAGUUCCUGCCCCACGGCGCUGAGAAGAAGCAGACGCACUUCACCGACUUUGAAGGCAAGACGUCGUUUGGGAUGUCGGUCUUCAACCUGAGCAACGCCAUCAUGGGCAGCGGCAUCCUGGGGCUGGCGUACGCCAUGGCCAACACCGGCAUCGUCCUCUUCCUCUUCCUCCUGACGGCCGUGGCCCUGCUCUCCAGCUACUCCAUCCACCUCCUGCUGAAGUCCUCGGGCAUUGUGGGCAUCCGUGCCUACGAGCAGUUGGGCUACCGAGCCUUCGGCACGCCGGGCAAGCUGGCUGCGGCCAUCGCCAUAACGCUGCAGAACAUCGGAGCUAUGUCCAGCUACCUGUACAUCGUCAAGUCCGAGGUGCCCCUCGUCAUCCAGACCUUCCUCAACCUGGAGGAAAAGACCGCGGACUGGUACCUGAACGGGAACUAUUUGGUGAUCCUGGUCUCCGUCACCAUCAUCCUGCCCCUGGCCCUCAUGAAGCAGCUGGGCUACCUUGGCUACGCCAGCGGCUUCUCCCUCAGCUGCAUGGUCUUCUUCCUCAUCUCGGUCAUCUACAAGAAGUUUCAGAUCCCCUGCCCUCUCCCCGAGCAAGGGGGGAACGGCACGGGCGGCCUCAACUACACGGAAGCCAGCGGCAGUGGGCACUGGGAUGGCUCCGCGGGCCUGCAGCCCCCUGAACCGGGCGCCUGCACCCCCAGCUUCUUCACCCUCAACUCCCAGACGGCCUACACCAUCCCCAUCAUGGCCUUCGCCUUCGUGUGCCACCCCGAGGUGCUGCCCAUCUACACGGAGCUGAAGGACCCCUCCAAGAAGAAGAUGCAGUGCAUCUCCAACAUCUCCAUCGCCGUCAUGUACCUCAUGUACUUCCUGGCCGCCCUCUUUGGCUACCUCACGUUCUACGGGCGCGUGGAGUCGGAGCUGCUGCACACCUACAGCAGGGUGGACCCCUUCGACGUGCUGAUCCUCUGCGUGCGGGUGGCCGUGCUGACGGCCGUCACGCUCACCGUCCCCAUCGUCCUCUUCCCGGUGCGCCGGGCCAUCCAGCAGAUGCUAUUCCACGGCAAGAACUUCAGCUGGAUCCGCCACGUCGCCAUCGCUGUGGUCCUGCUGACCUUCAUCAACCUCCUGGUCAUUUUUGCCCCCUCUAUCCUUGGCAUCUUUGGCAUGAUCGGUGCCACCUCUGCCCCCUGCCUCAUCUUCAUCUUCCCGGCCAUCUUUUACAUCCGCAUCAUGCCCAAGGACAAGGAGCCCCUGCGCUCCACCCCCAAAAUCCUGGCAGCCUGCUUUGCCCUCCUCGGGGUGCUCUUCAUGAUCAUGAGCCUGAGCUUCAUCAUCAUCGAUUGGGCCACGGGGGGGGGCAGGAGUGGCGGCAGCCACUAGCCACCCUGGCUGCCCACCCUGACCCCCCCAACCCUGCCAGGACCCCCCCGGGGCCCCCACCUUCGCCUCCUGCCCUUGCCCUUGGCUGGGGAUGGGGGCACGAGACACGGCCAGCAUAGGGGACCCCAGCCCGUGCCCGCACCUCCCUGCUCUGCGCCUCAGUUUCCCCAUCUGUGAAACGGGGAGAACAGCGCUUCCCUACCUCACCAGGGGACGGAGGGGUCGGGGGCCAGCCCGGCUCGUGGGCAGCCUCUUGUCCUCCGCUGGCACCAGAGCCCUGACGGCAGUGUCUGCGGGGCUGGUGGCCAGCCCUUGGCAGUGCCCGAGCCACCCGCCCUGUCCCCUGCUGUCCCCGUCCCCUGAGAGCCAGCUCCCCUUCGCCCCCCGUGGCACCCGGCAUGCCGUGGCUGGCGGUGCCCAGCUCCUGAGCUCGCCGGGGGAUGGCUGGCUCCUGUCAGCCCAGGUACCCAGGGACUGUCCCUGUCACUUUGGGAAGGUGACACACACCGGGGGUGGCUGCCGCUGGUGUCUGUAGGUGCUGUGGCUUGGCCACCGGUAGCCACCACGCUGGGGCCAUUUUGCCGCGCCCCGGGGCAGUGCGAGCACCCUGAGCCCCCCCGGGGUGCUGGCCGGGGUGCACGGGGCAGUGUGGCUUGGGGACGGCUCGGUGGGUGGGGGGAAGCUUUGGAGCUGCUCUCCUGCACGCAUCCCCUGAUGCCAGGGUGAUGGGCACCGCCCAGCCUGCGCCCUUCUGCCGCCACCGGCCCAUCCGUCCGUCCGUCCGUCCAUCUGUCUGUCCGUCCGUGCCAUUGGGAUCGCCCAGCCGUGCUGAGGUGCGGGGAUGGCUCCCUCCACGGUGGGCAGUGGGGACGUAGGCGGGCAGAGAGUGAGGCUGGGGGCUCGCCAAGUAAAUAAGAGACGUAUUUUUUUACGGGGGAGGUGGAGGCUGGGAUGCUUUUUAUAAAUACUGUAUAUAAGAGUAGAUCUUUUUUAAUGUGUUGUGUGGCUCUCGGUAGCUCUGUGCCGUGUACAGGAUCGGGGUGGCUGGCAGGGCACCAGCCCCAGCACCCCUGCCCCUGCCCACCAUGCCGGGCUGCCCGGGGACGGCGCUUUUAAAUUAUAAGCGGGGGUUAGCGCUGUGCUGGAGGAGUGCGACCGAGGAAACCCGUGCGAGUAACAAUAAAGAGUAAAAGAAGG